UCGACGGAGAUGGACUCCCCAUUCUUCUGUUCAUUCGUUAGCCACGCAGUACGUGUACAAUAUAUUGGAUAUUAAUGUUUUGAAUUUAAAUGGAUUUUUGCGUGAAUCAGAAAUGCUUUAGUUAGCUCGUAAAUCGGAUGUACUUUACUCGCCAUAAGAUAGCAGAUUCCACCUACGUGACAAUACCUCAUAGGGAAUGUACAUAUCACAACGUGCAAGUCUAAGAAGAACAAGAUAGCAUUUAUACUGCCACUACAGGACACUGUCAGAAAACUGAAUAAACAGCAUGGAUUUUAAAAUCAUAUUCCAACACAAAAUAAGUAUACUACUUGUUUUGUUAAACAUUAUCAAUGGACUUAUUGGAACAGCUGUUCCUGACACAAACUCCAAAACAGCAGCUGCGACAGAAAAGCCUAAAAUGGGUUGUUAUAAAAAGUUCUGUACAUUGUUCGGUGCUAUAUGCACCGAAAAAAGUGGCACGUGUGUGUCCGGUGAAGGAUGUGCGGGUUAUUGUCAUUGUACAAAGGCUUACAAAGGCAGAUACUGUCAAAUAAAAAUAGACUCGGACGAACCCUACAAUGGUCACACCAAUGGUAAAUCUUCAGACAACGGAAACGGCAAUGGCCAUGACAAUGGUAAUGGCAGGUCAAAUUCGCGAACAAAGAAAAAGCCCACGGUAGGUGUUAUCAUGAAACUGUUCAAAGGACUCAGGACAAAUGGUAAUGGUAACACGUCCAAUUCUAAUGCGGCAAACGGGGGAAAGACAUUGCCAACUAGUCGUGUCCCGUUUUCAAGCAAAUAUCCUCCCGUUAAAGCAGCAGCACAGAAAGGACAGGAAAUACCAACUACCAACUAUAAGUCUGGUAGUGAAAGUCGAAAGCCCGGAAGUACAGUGAUCCCACGAGUAAACACAGAUGAGAAUGGAAACGGCAAUGGAAGUGUUACGACGAAAAUAAAUCAUAAUGGCAAUGCAACCAUUUCGGGAAAAGCAACCGUUCACAGUACUGCUGUGAACUCUAGUAUAGGGAAGUCCAAUACAGCUACAACUACAGGCCCGAUACUCGAAGCAGACCACAAAAACAUUACAAGGAAUAAAACGAAUGGGGAAAUUGAAGUUAAAAAUAAUACCGCAACUUCAACAACACUUGAUAUCAGUAGUGUUGAAACUACAACUAAGGAUCCUGGAAAUAUUCAAAGUACAGAAAUAUUAAAUCCUAAUUCGACAACAGUUCUUGGGAACAAGGUUAAAGCAGCCGAAACAGGACUCCAGACAAAACCAGACACAGACUCUGUUAAGCCCGUCGUAGGAGGAAAUGGACAUUUACAACUUACAACGACAGAACAAACUCGCCAACCAAAAUCGAAAACAAAUACCAAACCGAUGACAAGUAAGGCUAAACCAGAGAGUUCUGGUAAUGUUAAAACCGAAACCGAAAGCAAUGCUGGACAUGUUGACCAUACAACGACGUCUAACAAAGACACGACGGUAAAUAAUACUGGAGAAGGAUUAGCUAAAUCAGAGUCGGAUACCGGAACUGCAAAAACUUUAAUAACUCAGAUAACCAUUGGAAGUUCAAAAACCAAACCUGAUUUGAUAGGCCCUAAAUCGGCCGUAGAAAUUCCAAUACUGAAAAACAGUGAGGUCAGUUCUUCAGCUAUUGCAGAUUCGGCGGCGGUUCCUUCUAAGUUAUCUAAAGGUGAAUUUUUUAUCAGAGACGUCCCUGUCACAACUGGAAAUAGUGACGCAAAUCAACAACCCAGGACAGACAUCCCAAGAUCUGCUGCACAACUCUGGCGUUUUCAUAAGUCAUCCACAAGGAAUGAAGAAUCAGCAUUGCCAAUGGUUUCAUCCGGAACUGUGAAAAGUACACUGGAUGAUGCUAAUCGAUGGGUUGCAUCAGGUUUCGAACCAGACCUACAUUCCGACAUACUCGUGAGGGAAAACAUGGCCCUUGUGCUUGGUAAAGACUUUAUAGAGGAGGAAGAAGUCCAGGAGUCGAAAUCCACCUCAGGCAAUAUACCAUUGGGUCAAAAUGGAAAUAAUAUUAUAACAUCGCAAUUGGAAAGAGCUGGCCUUACCGAAAGCAUUGCAAACAUUUCUAAGGCAAACAAUGAACGUCAUAACAACACGGUUUUUCGACGGAAUGAAAUCGCUCCAAAAGCGCCUGUAUCAAUGUCAAUAGAAAACAAGAUGAAUUCGAAUAACAGAUCAUCAGAUAAUCGAACAUACCUAUCUAGUAAACAUUCAUUCGUUAAUACAAUACGACCUUUUGAUCCAUCAGAAAAUACUGUAACGGUAGAAGAACCAACGUCUUCGGUCAUUAUCAGCACAACAGAAUCCUCAAAAGCAAAAUCAGAGCUACCAGAGGAAAAUAUCUAUCUGGCGUCAGCAGUGUACAAACAAUUUAUUCCUCCCGAGGAAGUGCCAAACUCCGAAAAAAGGAAUAACAUCUCAAAUGUCGUGGCGCCAACAACAGUAGUUAAUACUACUACUGAUACAAAAAUGGAGCAUGAUUAUCAAAUUGAGGAUGGACAUCGCGUCCUUGAAUCAAAUAUUCAAUCAUCUACCAUGAACAAUGAUAGGAUCACGGCUCAAUUUUCACAUGUUGCUGACACUACUCCAUCAGUGGUUGUAAAAGACUCGGAUAAAAUUACUGAAAUAUUAGGCAAAACAUUGAAGGUACGCAAGAAUGAUACAGGUAUUUCAGAGGAAGAUACUGCAGUUACUGCUUUAGAGAAACUCAAAUCUUUACUUGUCUACGUUCAAACUAUAUUAUCAUCAACCAAAAAUGACCUUGAUGCGAGGAAGGCGAACAAUGAACAAUCAGUCAAUUCGGGACGAAAUAGGAAAGAAAACACCACAGAAUCAAAUUCAGACACCGCUGGGUCACUAAAAGAAACCAUACCAAAGAGUCAUAUACACAACAGAUCCGAGACUGAACAAGAAAGCAUAAAAUUCAUAACCGACUACAGCAAUCAACAACAGCAAGACGCAAACGAAGCCACAACAGAAACCGCUUUUAUUCUGAGAACAGAAGCUGUGGAAACGACGACUCCUAAUACAUCGGAUAGCACACCUGAUGAUAUUUAUGAAACCAGCGAAGACACAUUUGUUAAAAUACCAAUUUUUCAGAGGCCCCCAGAAAAUACAAUUCCCCCAACAGUGGAGCCAGUUAUUACUAGUACUGGUGAUGGGAUGUUAAAGUCUGAAUCCAGUAGUCCUACAACGGGUCUCUCUGAAAAGGAAAUGACCGCGCCAAGACGCCACAUAUCUACUUCAGCAAUGGCUCUUAUAUUACGUAAGAUCUAUGCUAUAGGAAAUCUCAUAACGAGGCCAGCAAUAAAAGGCACAACUACAGUGAUUCCAGAUACCGCUUCACCUGAUACAGAACAACGCGCUGGUUCACUCGUCACGAAAAUGACGAACGAAGGACAUUUGUCAACUUCUGAAUCGUCAAAAAUAUCACACACCUUUGACAACGUUCCAAACAAAAUGUCUGCAGUCAAUAUGAAACAGAAAAGUGAAUCAGAUUCUCCAGGAAAUUCAAACGCAGAUAGGAAUGAGCACAAAAUAAGGGGCUUUUCUAAAAUGGACAAAUAUUUCCAACAAAAUAAAACUGUUAUGAGCGAGCGAGCGUUUUAUGGAAAUGAGGAUAUGGUUGGCAAUUAUAUCGUUGACUCAACGUCGACUAUGAAACCGUAUACAAUGCCACCUACGACAGAUCCACAAGACGGCGAGUUGCUUCAGUCAAACAGUAACACUAGUACUGGCGACAGCAGUUUUAGUAAACAACAAAGUGACACUAAAUUGAAACAAAGAACAAAGGGCGAUUCUGUGAAUUUAUCGUCAUUAGAAACCGUGUUAAGUAUUACAACAGUGUCUCCAAAGCCCGAAAACACGACUAUCAGUUAAAAAUGUGUGUGUUGAUCGGAGCUAGGAUCAUUGAAAUCUACCUGUGAGAAACUGUAUCACAAACUCUUCCACCACUGUGUAAACGUGUAUCAUAUAUAAUGGAGUAGGCCAAUAAUGUAUCGAGGUAUAACUAAGUACAAGCGUUUCAAAUUUUUCUAAGUUUAAAUUAAUUGUCAUUUUUAUAUUUAUCAAUCCUUUAAUUAACUUUAUAAUAUAUAUGUAUAGUUCAAAACGAAGCGACUAACAGAGCAAUAUACUAUUAGAUGCAGUUGGUGUAUAUCUGCAAGGUCAAAACAGUAACAUAUGUGACAGGUAACCUCACACUUGUCUAUAAGAAGCGUGACUUGUACCUUUUUUCUAGCAGGACUAGAUAAGUAUGUAUGGUCGUGAUAUACAGUCAUAAAAGUGUUUCUCUCGUCCUUCAGGCGACGUCUACAGUCCGGCCUUUAUAACCCUGGACAGAAAAAAGUUCAUAUAGCAUUGAUUUAACGCAUGUCCCUAAGUGUUGACGGCAUGACUCGUUGGCAGUAUUUGUUGUUCUCAGCGCAACGUUCAGCUAAAAUUGUGAAUAGUGUAUUGACUGCCAUUUGACGUCGGAAAUAACAAGAUGAAAUCAUGUAUUCUCUGUGAAUGCGAUAGUGUCUUCUUCUUUUUUGUUGUUGUUGUUGUCUAUCGAAAAUUGUGGCAAAAGGCGAUAAAUGAUCAUAUAAGUAUAAAGCAGAAACUCCGUGCCAUUCCCUUGGAAUUGUACAACAUAUUUUCUCUUGUUCGAGAUCUCCUAGAGAAUGAGAUAAUUUGAUUGAACUUUACAGCAGAAAAAGUGUGGUUAUUUAGGUGUCCAGGUAUUGAGAUAUUACCCAUACAGAAAGAGAGAUACCAUGACUUCUCUCUAUUUGAAAUUGUCUUCAAGACAAUAGGAUAAUUUGUAUUUGUUGCUUCCGUCUUCAUAGCCCUUUAAUUUACCUGUUUGGAAAAUAAAAACAUAUAAAUAUCUUUGAAAAACAUAAUGACUGUAUAUGUAACAUAUGUACCUAGACAUAAAAGUAAAUAUUAAUUAAAUGUCUCUACAUGAUAUGGAUUAUCAAUAACUAAUAGUUUUUCACAAAUUAAGAAAAAAAAUGAUUUUAUGAAAUUAGAGGUAAGUAGAAUUUACAAAAGAUUUUACUUCAAAGACAAAAAAAUACACUUUUUUUGUUUGUUUUCAUUUAUGAAAUGUUUUUUAUCAUAUCCGUCGUUUGUACGUUAAGAUAUGAAAUGAAAUGUUUUGUUAAAAUUAGCAUUGCAAAAGUAAUGCAAAUGAAAAGAGGAAAAAACUAAAAUGUCAGGGAUCGAACUUGUGAACAAUCCAUUACCGAUACUUUACCAAUGUUGUCAUCAAGAAGAUCGUAAAUGUAUAUUAUCAAUGGAGAGUAACUUUUAGUUAUAAAAUCUCCUUUUUAUGAAUAGUCCAAGUCUUAUUUAUCUUAACUUUUUAAUCAAAAUUUUCCUUAAAAAAGAGGGGAUGAUCAGCAUUUUUUUUUAGUUGUUUUCAUCUUUCAUCUGUUUAAGAUAAAGUAACAGACUGCGGGAAUUAUUUGAUUUGAUCUAGGGUUAAUCUGUUACAUAAUUUGUGUAAAUUCACCAACCUCAUAGAAGUUAAUCCUGUAAUUAUUCAAUGCAAUGUUAUGUGUUGGCAAAUUUGAUAACGUUGCUGGCGACUUGUUAUUAAAUAUAUUUAAAUAAAAAAUGUUAUACUAAUGCUGUCUUUAUAAACAUGUAGCUGUUCUUAUUUCUUGUUGUAUUUUUCAUGACAUAGUCAUAAUAUGAAAAUCUUAUCUGAUACAACCCACGCCAACCCGUCAUACAUUUCAUGAACAUUUCUCAGUAUGCACAACGCUUAACUGAUUGGAUAUAAAAUAAUGGAAAAAGUAUCAUUUAAGAGAAUUGUAUUCAAACAUUCCAUUUAGUAAGUGAUUACUGAGGGAGAUAGCAAACAUUCACGUAUGCAUCAUUCAAAUAUCGAGUAAAAGAUAUCUUGGAAUAAUUUUGUAAACAACGAAACAGCACAAAUAACCACUAAGUCAUUGUUGUCACUACAUGUCAGUAAAAAGGACCACGAAUUUUACAUUUGACUGUGACAGUGACCUACAGUGUUCGUAUUACAGGACUGCAUAGCCAUAGUAAGUCAGCACAAUGUGUUUAAAACUGUAUAUACCAUCUCGAAAGUAUUAUAUAAUUGAUUUGCUAUAGUUCAUCUAGAUUGAAAACAAUCAGUAAACAUAACAUGAUCAUUCAGAAUGAUCCUCUGUGGUAUUUCAUCAUCCCCACACAUAUACCUGUAUCUGACGUCGUUGGUAUCACGACUUUUGUUUUGCAGAUGAAUAUAUCGCAAGGUCACGAGUGGAUGCUUGCGCAAUAA